AUGGAAGACAAAAAAUACGAUCCAUCAAACAAAACGAAGGAAAAUGUAAAAUUCUCAAAAUUUGUAACCUCGCUAAGUUUUAUGAAAAAAAAUAUAAAUGAUAAAGAAGAAGGAAUAAAGAAAAAAGUUAAGUACGCCAAUGAUGAACAUGUGUGGAUACUGAAGGAGUACGAAGAGGAGGGAAAUGCCUUUUUGAAGAAACAGGCGGCACAGAAAAAUAAAAAUAAUGUGUCCCUGAAUUGCCUGGGAAGAAAAUCAUACAAGAAUUACAACAGCUACGUAAAUCUGUAUAAUAUAGAAAUUAAAAAAUUUAUCAACUCCGUUCGAAAGAACAAGCCAGUCAAUUCCAUGAGGUAA